AUGGCACCAAACUUGCUUCUUGAAUCAUAUAACCGUAUUGUAUAUGCUAGAGUUCUUGAGAAAUUAACUACUGAAGGUGGAAUUAAAAAGGGAUUAAAAGAAAAACUAGCUGAUUUUAAUCAAUCAAUCUGGUUUAUCGAAAGGACAAAAGAAAAGAUGACUAUCUCUGUAGCAACUCCAUGCUGGAAUCAAUUAAAAGAGAAUAGAGCAAUGGAAUUCUUACAAAAAGUAUAUGGAGCUGAUCUUGUUGAAGCAGACAGCAACUCUGAAUAUAAUCUUAUUUUAACUAUCCCUGAAAAACAUGAUAAACCAGAAGAAUUUGCAAUGAGUGCUGCUAAAUUAUUAACUAAUAUGUUAAUUGGACCAGCUGUUGUUCUUGCUGAUGAAGUUAAGAAUAAUAAAGCUGCUGAAAAAUUAAUUCAAAUUGAUUAUAGACCAGGAGAAUCUUAUUGGCUUAAACCAAAUGGUGAUCGUUUAACUGUAAUAUUUUCAAUUAAAUUUGAUGAUAGAGAUGAUGCUGUGUUCGGUCGUGUCUUUAUUAAUGAAUUCUCUAAAAGUGCACCAGGUUGUCCAUCAUGUGAUGUUGUUACAAGAAAGAAUAGUCCACCACCUUCAGAACUCAAAACUGUUGAAGGACUUGCUGAAGACAACUGCUAUAUUUCAUUUUUAUUAGAAAAGAGACACUUGAAUAAUCCACAAAAGACUCUCGAAAUUUUAAUGUCAUGCCGAAAUUAUAUCAAUUUCCAUAUUAAAUGUAGCAAAGCUUUCUUACACAUUAGAAUGAGAAACAAAGUUUCUCACUUACAACUUGUUUUGAAUAGAGCUAAACCAGAAAGAGAAGUUGAAAAGAAAACUGCUUCAGGAAGAACUUUCAAAAAGUAA